AUGUCUGACAGCACUCAAAAGUUAUGGGGUGGUAGAUUUACCGGUGAAACUGAUCCAUUGAUGCAUUUGUAUAAUGCUUCCUUACCUUACGAUUACAAGAUGUACAAGGCCGAUUUAGAUGGUACUAAGGUUUACACAUCUGGUCUACAAAAGAUUGGCUUAUUGACUGAAGAAGAAUUGGCCAAGAUCCAUGUUGGAUUAGAUCAAAUCAAGAAAGAAUGGGAUGAAGAUAAGUUUGUUCGUCAUCCAAAUGAUGAAGAUAUCCAUACUGCCAACGAAAGACGUUUGGGUGAAAUUAUUGGUCGUGAUAUUGCUGGUAAAGUCCACACUGGGAGAUCUCGUAACGAUCAAUGUGUCACUGAUCUAAGAAUUUACUGUCGUGAUGUCCUUAACGAGAAAUUGUUUCCUGCUCUAACUUCUUUGAUUCAAGUGUUAAUUAAGAGAGGUGAAGAAGAAAUUGAUAUUUUGAUGCCGGGAUAUACUCAUUUGCAAAGAGCUCAACCUAUUAGAUGGUCUCAUUGGUUAAGUUCCUAUGCCACUUACUUUACUGAAGAUUUGAAUAGAUUAAAGCAAAUUUUAGUCAGAUUCAAUAAAUCUCCAUUAGGUGCAGGUGCUCUAGCUGGUCAUCCAUAUGGGAUUGACAGAGAAUUCCUAGCUGAAGGGUUAGAAUUCAAUGGUGUUAUUGGUAACUCACUUGUCGCCGUCUCUGACAGAGAUUUCGUUGUGGAACUGAUGUUUUGGAGUACUUUAUUCAUGAACCAUAUUUCACGUUUUGCAGAAGAUUUGAUCAUUUACUCUACUGCUGAAUUUGGUUUCAUUAAAUUAAAUGAUGCCUAUUCCACUGGUUCUUCAUUGAUGCCACAAAAGAAGAAUGCUGAUUCCCUAGAACUAUUAAGAGGUAAAUCUGGUAGAGUUUUCGGUGAUCUAAGUGGGUUUUUGAUGAGUUUGAAGGGUAUUCCUUCCACUUACGAUAAGGACAUGCAAGAAGAUAAAGAAGCUUUAUUCGACUGUUUAACUACUGUGGAACAUUCCAUCCUAAUUGCUACUGGUGUCAUUUCUACUUUAGCCGUUCAAGAAGAAAAGAUGAAAAAUGCUUUAACCAUGGAUAUGCUAGCAACCGAUUUAGCUGAUUAUUUGGUUAGAAAGGGUGUUCCAUUUAGAGAAACACAUCACAUUUCAGGUGAAUGUGUUGCAUUGGCUGAAAACUUAGGUCUAAGUGGGAUUGAUAAAUUAUCUUUAGAACAGUAUCAAAAAAUUGAUGCCAGAUUUGCUGAAGAUUUAUAUGAAACUUUCAAUUUCGAACAAAGUGUUGAAAGAAGAGAUGCUACUGGUGGUACUGCCAAAUCUGCCGUUUUCAAACAACUAAAGAAUUUGCAAUCUCAAUUAUAG